AUGGUCAAAGUCCUCAUCUCCCUCAGCGUGUUGGCCGCUGCCGCUACGGCUGGCUCCGUCACGGAACUCCCCGAGUCUGUGACCAAGCUCAUCGACUACUCCAUCAACGCCUGCGACGACUUUUACCAAUAUGCGUGUGGUGCGUGGCACAAGGAUGCUGUGAUACCCCCGGACGAAUCCCAAAUCGAUACGUCGUUCUACGAGAUCUCCGAGCAAAACGUAGCCCUAGUGGAGAAGUUUAUCACUGACAAUACGACCAAGCUUGGUAAGUUUUACCACUCAUGUUUGGACAUGUCUACGCUAUCGUCGCUCGGCGUGACUCCGCUGGAGGACUCGUUCAAAGCCAUUCGGUCGGCCAACACCAAAUUGGAACUCCUCAUCGUGGCUGGUGAAUUGGCCAAGAACGGCAUCCCUGCCUUCGUGGACAUCAGCUCCAAAGCUGACGACAACGAUGCGACCAAGAAUGCCCUCUUCGGUUUCCGAGCCCCCUUUCCGCUGGGUCGCGCAUACUACACCAACCCUUCCAAGUGGGAGUUCGUCAACUCCGAGUAUAAGAAGUACAUUGCAAAGGUGUUGCAGCUAGCUGGCUACACUGCUGGGCAAGCGGCGGCUGCCGUGCCAGUGAUCAUCCAUUUCGAGAAAACGCUGGGGGGUGUCGCCCUCAGAAGCCUCGAAGAGAUUGAGGCCGUUGGGUCUCCGUACACUGCAUAUACGUUCAGCGAACUAGACCAGAAGUACCCGCUGCUUGUCGGCUCGUGGCUUAAGGCCCACGGCUUCGACGUCUACGACCAGUGGGGUGGGGUGAACGACUGGGUGGGGUUUUACUACUUGAACUACUUUGAAAAGACCGAAGAGUUGUUGGAGAAAACCACGCUGGACAACCUCCGUACCAUCGUGGAGUACAAGCUCAUUCACGCCUUGUCGAACCACUUGACCCCUGAAUUCCGCACGGCCAACUGGAAAUUGUUCGGCAAGAAGAUGAAUGGCGAAACGGUGGAACCUUCUCGUAAAUCGUUUUGCAUAUCUGAGACGGCCAAGACCUUGGGGGAUCUCUUGGGCCAGUAUUUCUUAGACGAGGUGUGGUCGGCUGAUACGGCCAAGAGGGCCGACGAACUGGUCAAAGCCUUGAGGUCGUCCUUCUCCACCAGCAUUGCCAUCGUCGACUGGUUGGAUAACCCGACCCGCGCCAAAGCUCAAACGAAGCUGUCCAAGACGUUACACUUCUUGGGUGGCCCAGAUAAGCCGCAGCUGUACCCCACGGUCACGUUUGACUCGAAGUCGUAUUUGAACAACCGGUGGAACGUGUCUCAAGUGAACACCGACACCAACUUGAAGCUGAACGGACAACCUGUGGACAGGCGCAAGUUGCAUAGGUACUCCUAUGAGGUGAACGCGUACUACCACGACUUAAAGAACCAAAUUAUGUUCCCGGCCGCAAUUUUACAAAAACCAUUCUUUGACGGCCAGUUUGACGCCGCCCAGAACUUUGGUGCCAUCGGGAUGCUCAUCGGACAUGAAAUUACCCACGGGUUCGACAACUUCGGCCGCAAAUUCGAUGGCGUCGGCAACUUGAACUCGUGGUGGUCGAGCACCACCAACACUGCGUUCAAGAAAAAAGCCCAGUGCAUUAGCGACCAGUACGACAAUUUCGUCGUCAAGAGCGAAGUGACUGACAAAGUCUUGGGCAACGUCAGGAGCGAGUUCAAUUUGGCCGAAAACAUUGCGGACAACGGAGGGCUCAAGACCAGUUUCCGCGCGUACCACGAGUACUUGAAGGAGUACCCGUCGCAGUACACAGAAGAAGCAGGUGACAAAUUGUUCUACUUGUCGUUCGCCCAAGCCUGGUGCUCCAAGAACACAGAUGAGUUCCUCCUCGCGACGUUGAAGUCGAAGUACCCGCCCCGUUGGUUCCGCGUGACAGGGGCGUUGCAAAACGACGCUGAGUUUGCCCGUGUGUUCCAGUGCCCCACCGACUCGUACUUGAACCCGUCCAAGAAAUGCUUGUUGUGGGAAUAG